CAUGAUCCACUGUCGACAGGAAGGAAGGAAGGAAGGAGAGACCUUCUCUUUCUACAUAAAAUUUUCUCUUCCAAUUAACUUUUUCUUCCCUGAGAAAGCUUCCUAUUCAUACAUUCUUUAAUCCCCCUGCUGAAACGCGGCCUCGCGUUACGCUCUGGCACAUUGAACUGCUGAUUUUUGGUGGCAAACUUAUACAGUAUGGUGACACCCUACUUAUGCUAAUAAUGAAUUCUUGUAUUCCGUAUUCUUGUCAUCCCAUGGUUUAGUUCACCUUCUAACAAAGAUUUGGGAGCGACUCUCGAAUCCAUGGGUGCUUUUAUGGAAAAUCAAAACCAGAAAGCUCAUUUUGACAUCAGGCUAUGGGGAUGGUCCUUAUUUUCAGUUAUUCCGUGGGCAAUGAACUCUAGAGAUAAAAUUCGAGCACCAACCACCAUAAACAAAGAGUUGAGAAGGUAUGCCAAGCCUGAUAGGGUUGUUGAGCCUAGCAGUGAGCUUACCCCUUUGCGUUUUAGGCCAUACGUGUCCAAGGUUCCAUGGCAUACUGGUGCAAGAGCCUUCCUCUCUCAGUUCUUUCCACGUUACGGGCAUUACUGUGGACCUAAUUGGUCUAGUGGGAAAGAUGGUGGAUCUCUUGUUUGGGACAAGAGGCCAAUUGAUUGGUUGGAUUUUUGCUGCUACUGUCAUGAUAUUGGUUAUGAUACUCAUGAUCAAGAAAAGCUUCUGAAGGCUGACCUAGCAUUUCUUGAGUGCCUGGAGAGGCCACAUAUGAGAACAAAAGGAGAUGCUUAUGUUGCUCAUGUUUACAGAACUAUGUGCAUCACAGGUCUCAAAAAUAUACUAAUACCAUAUAGAAGGCACCUAGUGAAGCUACAGUCAGGACAGCCUCUGAUCGAUUUUGGAUGGCUUAGUAAUGUGAAGAGGCAAAAUUGGAGUUUUCAGAAUCCUAGAGUACAUCACAAGGCCCUAAAUAGUUAUUGAGAAGACCAUGGAUGUGCCAGAUUUUAAAAGAGUACACUUCUCUCAUUUUCAAGUGCUUUGGAGCAACUUAUGAUUGUACUCUUGGGUGGAAGUUGGAAGUAUGGAAGCUUCCUGUCUUUCAACAUAAAUUUGCAUCUAAUGUAAAUGAUUCAUUACAUUCUGUUGUCAGUGUAAAGAAAUGGCUAUUUUAAUGGUGUACAUGAUCAGUAGGCUAAUCAGUUGUAAAUAUAGAAUUUUCAUUAUG